CGCUGCUCCCCCCUCCCUCUCUCUCUCUAUCUCUCUCCCCUAUUUAUUUUUUCUUUUCCAAGAAAGAGAGCCGAGGGAGGAAACUCGACUUGGCAGUUCCCUUCGCUCUCAAAUGCCCUAGAGAUAAAGAGAGAGAGAGAAGAAACCAUUUCCUUGCUUCGGUCUCUUCCUCUUCUAAAAUCCAAGAAAAAUAAAAGUAUAAAUCGAGAGAGAGUCAGAGAGAAGCCUUUGGAUGAGAGUGUGAUGGGAGACGAUAAGAAGGCGUCUAGCGCGAUGGGGAGCAGAGAGAGAGAUCGGGAGCUGCUGAUCCCGGGGGCAGAGGACCCCGCCGACGACUCCGAUUCCAAAGCCUCCGCCUCCUCCUCCGCGGCCGUCCACCACCACUCCGGUCGUGAGGCAUUUUAUAAAGUUGUUCGUAGUUGGGCUUCAAAAAAGUUCAUGACUGGAUGUGUUAUCUUGUUUCCAAUAGCUAUCACCUUCUACAUCACCUGGUGGUUUAUCCAUUUUGUGGAUGGAUUUUUCUCUCCAAUUUAUGCUCAACUUGGAAUCAACAUAUUUGGACUUGGUUUUGUUACUUCCAUAUUGUUCAUCUUCUUGGUUGGAGUGUUCAUGUCGUCAUGGCUGGGGGCAUCUGUUCUUAGCCUCGGCGAAUGGUUUAUCAAGCGGAUGCCAUUUGUUCGACAUAUAUAUAAUGCGUCCAAGCAAAUUAGUGCUGCCAUCUCACCUGAUCAAAACACACAAGCCUUCAAGGAAGUGGCCAUCAUAAGGCACCCACGUAUUGGUGAAUAUGCAUUUGGAUUCAUCACUUCAGCUGUCGUUCUUCAGAGUUAUUCUGGUGAAGAGGAGCUAUAUUGUGUCUAUGUUCCAACCAACCAUCUCUACAUUGGUGAUAUAUUUCUGGUCAAUGCCAAGGAUGUCAUUAGACCAAACUUAUCUGUCCGCGAAGGAAUUGAAAUUGUAGUCUCAGGGGGCAUGUCAAUGCCUCAAAUUCUCUCAACGCUGGAUUCACAUACAAUCCAAGUGGAUAGAACCAGAUCUAGUCGAAACUGAGUUGCACACUUUGUUUUCUUUUGUUAGAGCUGCUAGAAUUGAUCACGUGGUUCAUUCCUUAUGGUUUCAGUUCGUCAAAUUUUCGUUUUUGUAUCGGCGAGCCAAAUUCUGAUGGCAUGUAACAUUCUCCCUCUAUUUAGGUUUCUGUUGCUGUGUAAAAAGUAGAUGAAGCUGAUAGCAGAUAUGGCUCAAUGUUUUGUAUGCGUUUUACAUCAAAAGAACAAGGUUUAUUUCAGCUUUGAAUAUGUGCACUCUCUUAAGGUUGUGGGUCUAUUAAGAAAUUGAAGUGGUUCCAUAUUGCAAA